AUGAUAAUCCUUUUGUUGGGAUCUAAUUAUAUUGAAUCCGUAAGAGUAAACCUAUUGGGAAAUAGGGCUCUAUACUCAACAUUUCUAGAACAACAAACUACACUAGAAGAAAUGGUUAAAGAGUUAUCAUCAAAUACCGCACUAGGAAAGACAAGAUUGGGAGACCCAAUAAUAGACAAAAACAAUCAAUCGGGUGGUUCAGCCCCAACAGUGGUUAGACAUGGGAGAGAUACAAUAACAUUAUCAAUCGGUUAUGGGCCACUGUCAGGUUUAGGUGAUUUACCAUUUUUUGGAAAUACUGGCCCAAAAGUACCAAUAAUUAUAACUGCUCCUCAGCCAAUAUUGGAUAUAGAAAGUCUCUCAGCAAGCUAUCAAAAGGAAGCAAAUACUCCAGGUAGUGCCGCAUAUGUAGAUGAACAGGCACUUGCACAAGCUGUUACAAACCCGAAAGUCAACUCUGACCAAGUAGCUGUUUCCUUAAAAAGCACUUUACAAAAUGCUGCAUACUUUGCUGCUGAUGCCGAACUCUAUAAAGAAUAA